GCGGUGUGUUUGGGUUGCAGCGCCCGUUGCCUGGUUACCGUGUAACAAAGUGGUGUAUCAGUCUGGGCAGCGCGGGAGUUCCUGUAAGAGGAAAGCUCACAGCAUGGCACGGCCGGUGGAAAAGAUCCCAAAGGAUGCGGUGCAGCAGCUGGCAAUUGAUCGAGAAAACAUCAGGAAAGUGCUACGCAGUCAGAAACUGUACAUGAAAUUCAACAUCAACUCCUACACCAAAUUUCAUUGUAUUACAGGAAAACCGAACGUCCGAGACGUGGAAGCAGAAGGGGAGGAGGAUCAAAAUCUAUCAAGAAUACUACGGCAGAAGUUUUUGGAACCAAGGAUGAAGUAUACCAUGCCCCAAACAGAAGCGCAGGAGAUUGGCUGGAUAACUACUCCACUGAUUUCCAAAGACGUGCAAGAUCGGAGACUGAACUUCCCUCACCAAAGUAAUGAAAUCACAAAGUUCAUGGCACAGUUCUUCCAUCAAAAGGAAAGCUCUGAAAAAUAGUCCCAGCCACAUAACCGUUCCGUUAACGUACCUACACUAAUCUCCCGUUAUUGCCAGACUUCUGAAGUCAGACGUGUAUAAAUAACGUGCCAGGCGUUUGUAAUUUUACAUAGUUGGGGAGAAUAAAUAUGAAUAAAUGGCUGGAAAAUG